CGUUGUACUAGACCGGUACCAGCUGUAGGCGAGCAAAGACAGCGGAGGUAGUACGGAUUAGUACGUUCGCGCAGUUAGUGCUCGGCGGCCUGUAGAGGCUAAGGACGUCCGUAUAAAUUUCUCGUCUUCCCUUCGCUUUCGAAGCCGCGUCUUCGCAUUCAGCGAGCCAAGCGAGUACGACGCUCCCGUUUUAAACGUUCACGGCUUUCCGGCGCUUAAGUAUCUUCCCGCUGUGCGAUCGGACGUCCUUCCCCGUGCCCGCGGGAAAGUAGAGAGAAACUUUUGCCGAUUGAAUAGAGUCGCCGAAGUGUCGAGAUACCGCCGCGUCGACUGAAAAAUGGAGAUUUGCAAUCGGGAGGACCGACUGUACGAUGUGCCGUAUGGAAAAGCGUCGCGCCUCGUUGAGAACGGGGAGAAACUCCGGCCGGAGAAAGUUUCCACCCUGCGGGAACUUAUAGAUGCGCUGCACGAGGCCUUCAAGACGGAUCAUGUGAAUAUCGAUCACGUUCAGGACCUGAUGAUGAGCUACAAGAGCAAUCACGCGGAGUGGAAGAAAUUCGCCAAGUUCGACAGAUACAGAUACACAAGGAACCUGGUUGACGAAGGAAACGGCAGGUUCAAUCUCAUGGUGUUAUGCUGGGGGGAAGGUCACGGGUCAGCCAUACACGAUCAUGCUAACGCGCACUGCGUGAUGAAAAUUCUUCAGGGGAAACUGUGCGAGACGAGGUACGCGUGGCCCGCGGGGACUGUUUCUGAGACGGAAGAGAACGUGGAGGAGCUCAAGGAACUCGAGAGGAACACGCUUGAUAUGAACGAGAUUUGUUAUAUCAAUGAUUCGCUGGGUUUGCACCGCGUUGAAAAUCCAAGUGCAAUGAAUCCCGCGGUCUCCCUGCAUCUGUACUCGCCACCAUUCUCGUCGUGCUCAGUCUUCAACAAGCAAACCGGGCAAAAGUCUACGUGUAAGGUCACAUUCUGGUCCAAGUAUGGGGAAAGAAGGAACCGGGAAAUUCAAGACGCCAGAUCUCCCGAGGAUAACUAAUCGGAGCAAGAAACACCACCAGCAAUUAAGCGUCGGCGAUAUUCUAAUCGGGUGCGGAACACGAUUUGCAUCAUCUCGGAUUGGACCUGGCUGUUCAAUUUGCAUAAAUUAAGUUAGAUAAAUAUCUUUAACGAUUGUGCUAUUACUAUUGUCCAAUUUUCAUUGUACGUAAUCAUUUUUAAGUACUUAAAUCUAUUUGUAAGAACCUGUAGAUUUUUAAGUAAGACCUACUUGUACGUGCAUUUCGUAUCUUUUUUUUUUAAAUAAGUUAAAUUACUAUAAUCAAAUACAAAUAAAGCACAUAAAAGAAGAGAGGA